AUGGCUGUCCACCGACAGUCCCCAUCUAACCUGACAGAGCUCGAGAGGAACCCAAUAGAAGAAUUAUACGUAUGGGAGAUCCAGGGAGAGAAAGCAGUAACGGGAGUAGCGAAGGGCAUCCGUUAUAGAGGGGUGUUUGGUACCAUCAGCACUAUGGUGAGAACGGAGGGGCCGCGCUCACUGUACAGUGGUUUAGUAGCUGGACUUCAGAGACAGAUGGCAUUUGCUUCUAUACGAAUCGGCCUCUAUGACAGCGUCAAGAGCUACUACACAAGGGGCAAAGACAGUGCCAACGUGGGCAUCAGGAUCUUAUCUGGUUGCACCACAGGGGCCAUGGCCGUUUCUGUAGCCCAGCCCACAGACGUGGUGAAGGUGCAUUUCCAGGCCCAGAUGAACUUGCAGGGUGUGGGACGGCGCUACAGUGGAACCACACAGGCCUACAGACAGAUCUUUCAACAAGAGGGCCUCAGAGGCUUAUGGAAAUAUGAAACUUCUCUGUCGUUUAGCUUCGUUCCGUCUUUCCUGCAGCUGGGCUCCUGGAACAUGGUGAUGUUUGUGUCCUUCGAGCAGCUUAAGAGAGCCAUGAUGAUGUCCAGGAACAGAAUCGAAGUGACCACAUAG